AUGGAUCCGAACGUCGAACCUUGGGUAUAUCCAAUAUUUUAUCCAUAUGGUACUCAAGGUUGGCAUCGUAAUUUAAUGCGUAUCCAUACUAGAAAUCCUAGACGUGUCAGUAGAUCUGCAUAUGUUAAGUACAGAAUGGCAAUACGAGUUGAAUUUAAUCCUUUUAUACGAGGAAGGCGAUUGUUUCAACAGUGGGUCGUUGACAAUUAUGUUAAAAUUGAAAAAGAUCGAAUUGACUACUGUAAAGAAAAUCAAAAGCAAUUAAGAGCCGAAUCAUAUCAGGGAUUAGUAGAUUAUUUACAAAAUGCUGCAAGUGAUAGAAACGGCCAUGUUGGAAAAAUGAUUAUACUUCCGUCGUCAUUUGUUGGUUCACCUCGCAACAUGAUGCAAAAUUAUCAGGAUGCCAUGGCUAUUGUUCGCAAGUAUGGGAAACCAGAUUUCUUUAUAACAAUGACUUGCAAUCCUAACUGGCGAGAAAUCAAAGAAAAUCUACUUCCUGGUCAGCAAACAGCAGAUAGACCUGAUCUUUGUGCUCGUGUAUUUGAUAUAAAAAAAAAAUAUCUUGUGGAUAUAAUUACAGGACAAAAUUACUUUGGGAAAGUAUCAGCGUACAUAAACGUUAUCGAAUUUCAAAAGCGCGGCUUACCGCACCUUCAUAUGUUAAUACAUUUGAAACAUAAUUAUAAAAUAACAACCCCUGAGAUUGUUGAUAGAUACAUAUCAGCAGAAAUUCCUGAUCCUUGUGAGAAUCCUGUUUUGCACGAUAUUAUUAUAAAAAACAUGAUUCAUGGUCCAUGUGGUGAUUGGUGCAUUGUCAAUGAAAAAUGUUCAAAACACUACCCCAAACCAUUGCAAAAUGAAACAACAAUGAAUGAAGACGGAUACCCACACUAUCGCAGAAGAGAUACUGGUGUGACUUUUGAACGCCCUGGUGGGUACAUAGUUGACAACAGUUUUGUUGUACCUUACUCUCCAAAAUUGUCACUUAUUUUUAAUUGUCACAUCAAUGUUGAAGUUGUCUCGAGUAUUAAAUCCGUCAAAUACUUAUAUAAGUAUGUAUACAAAGGUCAUGAUGCAGCCACUGUCGUUAUUAGUGGAACUGCAGCAGAAGAUAAUUGCAUAAAUCACGAUGAAAUACGUGAUUACAUCGAUACUCGAUAUGUCGGACCGGUCGAAGCAUGUUGGCGUAUUCUUAAUAAGAAUUUACAAGAAAAAAGUCACACUGUAAUACGAUUGCCCGUGCACUUACCUAACAAACAAAAUUUUACAAUCAACAUUGACAACGACGAAAAUGAAAUUGCUGCUAUUAUAGAUCAAACAACAAUGUUACAAGAGUAUUUCAUAUUGAAUGGCCGUGAUGAAGAAGCCAGGCAAUAUACAUAUACUGAAAUUCCUUCUUAUUUUGCCUUUAAAAAACAAAAGAUUAAUGGCCGAAAUAUUUCUCGCUGGGAAAAACGAAAAGCUCAUUUUAAAUGCAUUGGUCGUAUGUACUCAAUUAGUCCUACCCAGAUAGAACUAUUCCAUCUACGAUUGUUACUAUUGACAGUGAAAGGUGCUACAAGUUUUCAAGAUUUAAGAACAGUUAAUAAUGUUGUUCACGAAACAUAUACAGCUGCUUGCUUGACUUUAGGUCUUAUAGAAGAUGACGAACAGUGGAAACGAGCGAUGCAUGAAGCAGAAAUUUGGAUGAUGCCCCGACAACUUCGAAGGUUGUUUAUUCGUAUUUUAAUUCAUUGCCAACCAAUUUAUCCUGAACAACUUUGGGAAGAAUUUAAAGUCUCAAUGUCAGAAGAUUAUUUACGAAACUGUAGUAAUACAUUACAAGCUCAAAGAAAAUCUUAUAUUAAUAUAAAUACAUUGUUAACCGCCGAAGGUAUGAGUUUGUCCAAUUUUCCAAGCAUGGAACAAUUAAAUGAAAUUGAUGAGUCUUUGAAUGAUGUAUCAUUUGAAGAGACGUUGGAGAUCGGUAUGCAAAAAUGCCGACAAUUAAACGAUAAUCAAAAAAAUAUAGUAGAUAUCAUUCUAAAUGCAGUAAACAAUAGUAAGGAAAAUGAAACAAUAAAUAAUUGUUUUUAUGUUGAUGGCCCAGGUGGUACAGGUAAAACUUUUGUAUAUAUCACACUGUGGUAUCUGUUAAAAGGCAGAAAGAAACGCGUUAGCACAAUGGUUUUUACUGGCAUUGCGGCAACAUUGCUUCCACAAGGAAAAACCGUUCAUAAAACUUUUGGAUUACCCGUUCCACUUUUCUGUGACUCAUCAUCAAAUAUUAAAGCGCAAUCAAACGAAGCACAAAUUCUUAAAGAAACAGACGUAUUUAUUUGGGAUGAAGCUCCAAUGGCUCCAAGAUACGCACUUGAGAUUAUGGAUCGAACAUUACGCGACAUCAUGCUUACUGAUAGACUAUUUGGUGGAAAAAUUGUAGUAAUACUUUGUAGUAAUUGUAGUAAUUGUAAUACUUGA